AUGAGCGAGGCAGGCAAUGCCUAUAGUGGCGGCAUCAAGGAUGGCCUAUUCCACGGAAAGGGUACUUUGACUUAUGCCGGGAAUGAAAGGUAUGAUGGAGAGUGGGUUUAUGGCAAAAGAGAAGGCCACGGUAGGUUUACAUAUGCAGAUGGUGCCAUUUUUGAGGGUCAGUGGUCAGAGGACAGGAUACAUGGCCAGGGUGUGGCCGUGUUUGCAUCAGGGAACAGGUACGAGGGGACUUGGGAGAAUGGCCGAAUUCAUGGGCAUGGAACCUUGACCUACUCGAACAAGGACCAAUAUGAUGGGGACUGGCAUGAUGGGAAAAUGCACGGGCGAGGCACCUAUCGCUACGCGGAAGGUGACGUGUAUCAAGGUGAGUGGCGGGAUGAUAAGAGGCAUGGAAGGGGGGUGGUCACCUACGUCAGCGCUCGCGGAAGCGUCGUUGAAAAGUUUGAGGGUGACUGGGUGAAUGGGAAGAUGCACGGUCACGGCAAGUACCAAUAUGCCGAUGGCGGGGUGUAUGAGGGUGACUGGCAUGACGGCAAGAUGCAUGGAAAGGGCAUCUAUGUCUUCCCGAACGGGAACACAUACGAUGGUGAAUGGGUGAAUGAUAUGAAGGAAGGCUAUGGCACCUUGACAUACCAGAAUGGAGAGAAGUACGACGGCCUUUGGAAGGCUGACAAGGUGCAUGGCAAGGGAACCCUCGUCUACACAUACGGUGACAAGUUUGUUGGUGACUGGGUCGACGCUAAGAAGGAGGGUGAGGGCGAACUCAUCUACUCCAAUGGCGACCGGUUCAAAGGUCAGUGGGCCGAUGAUAGGGCCUCUGGCUAUGGUAUUUUCAUUUAUGCCAAUGGCAAUCGCUACGAUGGCCAGUGGCUAGAUGACAAACGUCACGGCAGAGGAGUCUUUUUAUGUGCAGAGGAUGGAUCAGUCUACGAUGGGGAGUUUGCAUUCGGCAGAAAGGAAGGCAGAGGCGUGCUCAAAUUGCAAACUGGGCAUGUUCUGAGUGGUGUCUGGAAGCAGGGAGAGCUUACACAGGCCAUGGUGCUUCAAGCUGAGCAGAGUGCCUUCGUGUUCAUGAUUAUGUCCGUUGAGAUGUCAGGUGGUGGAGUUCGUCUUUUCGGCGGAGCUACUUUUCUCCUGGCUGCGUUUGCAAACAGUCAUGGAGUCAUGCGUAAGGAGCCAGAAGCCCGCUCGAAUCUGACCACAAGUCCGUACCGUGAGAAGAACCUGGACGAACUCUCACGCACUGGAGGGGCACUGACUCUGCAGAAGUCAAGUGUGCUGGAAAGGCAACAUGCUCGAAGACCGCCGUGCCACGCAUCCACGAAAGGAACGCUUCGAAACACGAGGAUUGCUGCCACGACAGUUGCAGUGAGCGUGCGCGGACGGAGUGACGGCAGCAGCACAUCAAUGUCUUCGAAGCCAAGCCCGUCAAGGAUUUCCAUCAGCUCCGCAGGAUCACGCUCACAGAGGCUGUGGAACCUCUCCGCCGGUGAGGCAUUGAAGGAUUCCGCGCCCAUGCCUGAUGCAGCAGGUCGGCGAUGCUGCAGCCUGAAGGUCGGUCUUGCAAAGUUGUCAUCCUGA